CUCUCCUCCCACUGCAACACAUCUCAGUCCUGUGAAUAUCCAAGAGUAACCCUCUCUUUUUCAGUAAUUAUUUGGUGCAAUUAUUUAAUUACCUAUCAAUGUUACUUUGUCCCUCUGGAGGUUUGUAAGGGUGUAUUGGGGGAAUUUAGACAGAACCACUCAGCUGACUUCUGGUGAUUAAUCUAGUGUUCUCUAUUACAAGCAAAGCUAUUAACAAAAGGCACAACGUUAGUUAAAUCCUAUAUAAAAUCUCACAAUUACUGCUGUUGACAAAGAAAAAUAGGAACUUAAGGGCAUGAGAGUUUAGACACUGUAAAGUCUCAUCAUAACUGAAGAGGAAGUUUUCCAGACCCCAGCAAUACUGACAAAGGACCUCUCAGGGGGCAUGGAAAGAGUUAAGAAGCAGCUGCUGCACUCUCCAAGCUGCAUCUGCAAGGUACAGCAGAGCCAGGGGAAGGCAAACAAACCAAACUGAAACCAUUCUUGGGCGCCCAGCCUCUCCUUCCUGUGAUGUCACGCUACAAAUCGCCCGGGCGCUCUGCUCUGCUCUCCACAAGGAGCUGGGCUGGCAGGAGCUGCCGAGGGCUGCAGGAACAAACACGCUCUGGAAUUCGGUCUCUGCCCCGGCAGGCAGCUCCCUCCCGCUCCUGCCUCCCGCCCCAUGGGGCCAGCCCGCGAGCCGACAAACUUGUUGCAUGGAAAGAAGGGAGAGGGGGAAAUGCAAGCGCCGACACUCCGCAGCGCCCAGGAAAUCGUUUCCUAAAGCACACUCUCCCAGUGAAUUCGGAUGGAUGAGGCUUCCCAGCACAACCUGCAGCCAAGAGUGAGGCAGAAAGUCCUACAACGGCUUCAUUGAAUCGAGGUGGGAAAUGGAACUAAGCAAGCUUUGGGGUGAUCUCAUCUGCCACAAAUGAUGCGUUUUCUGACUUUUGUAGACUGGCUAUGUGAUUACAAAUAGCACUCAGCAGAGAAGAGAGACUUCCUGGUGAUUUCUGCUGGAGAUGUACUCCCCUGCCACAGAGCUCACCUUCCUUCCCUGAAGCUUCCCAGCAUAACAAACUUGCCAAAGCACACCGUUCAAAUACAUCUGACCUGCAAGUUCUUCUGGAAUUUCAAAAAAAGUUGCAAUAAAAAUACCAGAGAAGACGCCAAAUCACAGGAAUUUUUAACAUUCCAUUAUAAUGGUAAGCUCUAAUUGUUCCACUGAGGACUCCUUUAAAUAUACUCUGUACGGGUGUAUCUUUAGCAUGGUGUUUGUUCUCGGCCUCAUAGCAAACUGUGUAGCCAUCUACAUUUUCACUUGUACUUUAAAAGUGCGAAACGAGACUACAACUUACAUGCUUAAUUUAGCCAUAUCAGAUCUGCUUUUCGUGUUUACAUUACCCUUCAGGAUUUAUUACUUUGUAACCAGAAACUGGCCGUUUGGAGACAUUCUCUGCAAGAUUUCAGUCGCCCUCUUUUACACGAAUAUGUACGGGAGCAUCUUGUUUCUGACUUGCAUCAGCGUGGAUCGCUUUCUAGCCAUAGUGCACCCCUUCCGAUCCAAGACCCUGCGGACCAAACGGAACGCCAAGAUUGUCUGCGCUGCAGUGUGGAUAACCGUGCUGGCAGGCAGCACACCAGCAAGCUUCUUCCAGUCCACAAACCGCCGCAACAACACGGAGCAAAGGACGUGCUUUGAAAACUUUUCAGAGGACACGUGGAAAACCUACCUGUCCCGGAUUGUUAUCUUCAUUGAAACGGUUGGGUUUUUCAUCCCGCUCAUCCUGAACGUGACCUGCUCCACCAUGGUCCUACGGACCCUGAACAAACCGCUUACGCUAAGCCGGAAUAAAGUAAGCAAGAAAAAGGUACUCAAAAUGAUUUUUGUCCAUUUGGUGAUAUUCUGCUUCUGCUUUGUUCCUUAUAACAUUACCUUAAUACUCUACUCCCUUAUGAGAACACAGACCUGGGUCAAUUGCUCAGUGGUGACUGCAGUCAGGACUAUGUACCCCAUAACUCUGUGCAUCGCUGUUUCAAACUGCUGUUUUGACCCCAUUGUCUAUUACUUCACAUCAGAUAAUUCAAAAUUCCAUAAAAAAGAACCGGUCCACCAGACCACGGGAUGUCAGAUUCUCUGAAAGGCCAGUUUCAGAAAGCUUCAUUCAACACAGCCUUCAGACCAUAAAAAUGAAAAUAUUUGACAGUGACUCUACAAUAUAAAC